UUUCUUAAUUUAGGGUUCUCCCUCAUCAAAUUGCCACCAAAAAUGUGCAAAAAAGGAAGUCUGAAAGGGCUUUAUACGGCUAUUGGCCCGCCCAACAAAAAAAGAAAAGAAAAGAUGGUACCAUUCGUUAAUUUGCUGACCAAUGAUAAAAUUAAAUUAAUGUUAGAAUGGGUACUAAAAGAAAGGACUACAGCAGACAUUUUAGUCAUAUUAUCUGGAAAGAAAACAAUUACCCAGGAAAUGAUGCAGACAGAAUUUCAUCCAAAACUGUCUGAUCAAGACAACAUCGACAACAACAAUUAAAUCAAUGUUAGAAUGGGUACUAAAAGAAAAGACUACAGCAGACAUUUUAGUCAUAUUAUCUGGAAAGAAAACAAUUACCCAGGAAAUGAUGCAGACAGAAUUUCAUCCAAAACUGUCUGAUCAAGACAACAUCGAUUUAUCAAUGAUUCAACACUUGUGUGGUAAAGCUGCGUGGAAGCAUGUUAUAAAGAACACCAAAAAUAAGAAAUGAUUUUGCGAAGUUUGCAACAACGAUCUUUCCGAGGAAACGUCUAUGGGAUGUGAUGGUUGUCUGUGCUGGUGCCAUCUAUCUUGUAUUGGCAGAACAAAAAUGCCAGCAGCUAGGAUCUGGUUCUGCAAACCUUGCUCCAUACGAAAAAAAGAUUGUUAAGAAUGCUCUUUUGUAAAUAUAUACAUACUGUGAAUUUCUCUAAUUUUCUUUUAAUUCCCUCAGAUUCAUUUGAAAUAAAUAAAGUACGUGAGAGUGUCCCGUACGAAUGUAAAGAAAAUAAUAAAGUACACAAAUGUCACGUACAAAUAGAAAAAAAUAAUAAAGUAUGUGAGAGUCACGUACGAAUAGAAAAAAUAUUAAAGUACGGUCACGUAUGAAUAGCCACUGCGCUUUGUAACGAAGUAAACCACCAUCUAGAUGUUGCAUGGGAAGACCUUAGAUCAAUUACCAUUUUUCUAUUGCCAUUCUUCUUUCUUAAGUUUUUAAAACGUGAUCUGCAAUUAUUUUGUUUUGAUUUAAGCACAUAUGCAUGGUAUUAAGGCUCUUUUGUUUUACGACGACAGUUAUAUAUGAAAAAAAAAAUAGCCCAAUGCCUAACGUAUUAGCCGGUCCAAAGACUUUUGACAUACAUAUAAAGUUUUAGUCCCGCAAGGCAAAGUAAACACAAAACUUUCCUUGAACAAAGAUGAUUUAACAAGCAAUGAUACUCAAAAAAAAGAAUGUGAUUAUUGAGAUUACUGAAAAUCUCCCAGUUUUUAAACUUUGAUGUCUUUAGUUUCAGUUAGCAGUCACUAAAUGCUACAGGAUUAACACAAGGGUGGACAGACCCAGGACAAAUGUACUGUAGUUCAGGACAUUUCGGUGUGUUAUAUGUAGAGAUUUUAUCUUAAGUCUGAUUUUGCCCUGAAAGCGGGUUCUGGGUUAACAAAGCAUAGAUAAAUAAGAAAGUUUAAAUUAUAACUUUAAGCAAUCCUAUAACGGUGUAACUUAGAAACGUUAUUGGCUUAAGUCUAUCUCAUUUCCAUUUUAGGUAUUAUAACAUACUAACCUCCAUUACUAUCUUGAAAUUUCAUAAAAUUUACAUUAUAUAUUAUAUAGAUAUGGCUUUGUUAAUAAUAAUCUUGCAAUGCUUAGUGGUUGCUUGCUAUUCAAGUCCUGUUGACCACCAAGACCAUGUUCCAUUAUUUAUAAAUGGUAGACCAAAAGGUGGUUUGCUUGGUAAACCAAAAGUACAAAAUACUGAUGCAUACACAGAUGCAGAAUCUCAAUGGUUCACACAAAAACUUAAUCAUUUUGAUGACAGUGAUUUAAGGACAUGGAAUCAAAAGUAUUAUGUCAAUGCUUCUAUGUGGAAAACAAAUGGGCCUGUAUUCAUGAUGAUAGGAGGAGAAGGGCCGCUUAGUGCCAGAUGGGUAUCAGUUGGUUCAAUGGUAGAAUAUGCAGGAAAAUAUGGUGCUUUAGUCUUGGCAUUAGAACAUAGAUUUUAUGGGGAAAGUCAUCCAUUGGGUGAUAUGUCAUUGGAAAGUUUAAAAUAUCUCAGUAGUGAGCAAGCACUGGCAGAUUUGGCAACAUUCCAUGAAGCGAUGAUACCACUUUUUAGCUUGACUUCAAGUAACAGAUGGAUAAUGUUUGGUGGCUCAUAUCCUGGAGCGUUAUCAGCUUGGUUUAGGUACAAGUAUCCCCACCUAGCUUUUGGAUCCAUUGCAAGUAGUGCACCAAUAAAUGCUCAACUGGACUUUCCUCAGUAUCUCGAAGUUUCCACUGCGUCAUUAGGUUCGGAAAAAUGUCAGUCUGAUGUAGCAAAAGCAACAGCAAAGUUAGAAAAUUACACAAAAACUGAAGCAGGACUGAAGUAUUUGAGUUUGCAGUUCAAAACCUGCAAGCCAUUGACUUUAAACUCAAAUGAUGUACCUCAGUUUGUGCAAGGUACUGCUGGGAAUUUUUUUGGUGUCAUACAGUAUAACAAAGAUAACAGAGAGUUUGAGGGUGCUGUCGGCACUAACAUUACUGUUGACACUUUGUGUGCGGUCAUGAAUAAUGAAGGUAUUGGAGAUGAGUUACAGAGAUACGCCGCUGUGAAUAACAUGAUGUUAAAAACGUAUAGCCAGGCUUGUUUGGAUUCAAGCUAUGAUGAUUACGUUUCUGCUAUGAAAAAAACAACAUGGCAGUCGGCUGCUGCGGAGGGAGGGAGACAGUGGUUGUAUCAAACUUGCACUGAGUUUGGUUUCUAUCAAACAACUGAUUCUAAGGAGCAAGUAUUUGGAACCAUGUUUCCACUAAGCUUCUCCAUCAAACAAUGUAUGGAUAUCUUUGGUACACAGUUUAAUGCUUCUAGCAUAAACAAAGGUAUCGAUUGGACAAAUACAAAUUAUGGAGGCUAUUCUAUGUCCGCUGAAAGGAUCGUUUUUCCGAACGGUUCCAUUGAUCCGUGGCAUGCGCUCAGUUUUAUUACAGAUGGGAAGCUAAUCAAAGCUGUUUACAUCAACGGAACUGCCCACUGUGCAAAUAUGUACCCAAGUUCAAAAACUGAUUCACCUGAAUUGACAGAAGCACGACUUAAAAUAAAAGCUAUCAUUGGCGAAUGGUUGGCCUCUCCUCCUUAAAUACAACCUAACGUUCAUUAGUUAUUAUGUCAUCUACAAGCACUGUGAGAGAGAUUCCUUCCGUUUCAUUUUUUUUUCAUCGUACGAAAUUGAACGAAGCAACUAUUUAGCAAACAAGCAAACGUGAAAAAUGUUUUUGUUUUUUGUUUUUGUUAUGAUGAAGACACCCGUGGGAAAAAAAUCUGUCUGAACAAUAAUUUUUUUGCCAGAUCACGCAACCCACGGGAUCACGCAGGGUUAACAGGCCCCUUUACCCUGAAUGAGCGUGCUCUCAAGCGCGUUCUUGCGUGACGGUAAUUAAUAGAGAGUUUCCUCGUAAUUUGAAAAAACUUAUUAAUUCGAAAGAGAACGUCUUGUAGAAACCAUGUUAUUCUUCUAGUGUUUCUUCAUGACAUAAGCAAUUCAAAUCCCGGCUGCCGGUGUAAUUACAUUUGAAAAAAUUAAGACAUGCUUUUCCUAGUUUGUUUGUUUGUUUGUUUAUUUGUUCACUUUUUUUCUGUAGCUUGUGUUUAUGUUAUUAAAUUUGUAAAUACGAUUUUUCAUAGAAGUUAUUUUCUUUAUUGUUUUGGCAACAAACAUACACUUUACAUAAA